AAAGAAAUAAAAUCUGUUUACUAUUUAUUGUUUGAUAAACAUAUAACAUUGGCUAGAAUAUCACGUGUAAUACAGUUUCAUUGAAUUAUUUUAUUUUUGGGCGAAACUAUGACUAAUUAUCAAAAGAAUGUGGGAAUCCAACCAUUGAAAACAUUUUUAGCUCGUGCAAUAUAUGAUAAUCUAUCAGAAAAUCCAACAGAAUUGAAUUUUUCACGUGGUGAUAUAAUCACAGUUUUAGAUAGAAAUCCAUCUGGUUUAAACGGUUGGUGGGUAUGUAGUAUUCGUGGUCAAUUAGGAAUUGCACCGGGUAAUCGUCUCGAACUAUUAGGCCUUAUAAAUAAUAAUAAAGAACAAAAUAAUUCUGAUGUCUACGAUGAUCCGACAGGAUGGUGCAUACCGAAUGACAACAACAACGACGACAAUAAUCCAAACAAUAGUAAAAAUAGCAUUGUAUGCACAAAAAAGUCUACACAAUUUAAUCCACUUGAAGAAAAUCAUCUUUCCAUGAAUCACAACUCAUGCUCAUUAUAUGAAAAUGUAGAUUACUAUACAAAGUAUUCUAGUUCUGUUGGUUUGACAGAUAGUGGAAAUUUCUCUAAUCAGUCAAGUGAUGUUUCAUUCAGUACACAUUCAAUAAAUGAUGGAAUAGUUGAUCAGAGAAUGAAUCGAGAAAAUUCAUAUGAAGAUUAUGAAGAUUUACCACCAAGUAUACCAGAAGAAUUUCGUGAUACAAAUAAUUCAAUCAAAUUCGAAUCAACGAAUACAAAUCCUUAUAAAAAUGAAACAACAGUAAAUAAUUUACAUUAUACUACUAAUUCCUCUAAACAAUUAAACAAUGAAAUAUUAUUUUCUUUAAAUACACAAAAUAAAUCUACUAAUAAUAUAAUAAAUUCAGUAGAUAAUUUAAAUCAUAAAAAAUUUUCAGAAAAUAGUCUUUAUUCAUCUACAGAAAUUAAUAAUGAAAAACAAUUUAAAUCAUUAUUAGAAUUAACACCAAAUAUUUUUAGAACAAUUGAAGAAUUUACAGAAUAUUGGUUACCGAUACAACAACGUAUACAUGAUAAAUGUUUAAAUUUAAUAAAAGUAUUAAAUAAACAUGAUCAAAUGCAUUCAACACAUUUAAUAACCUCAUUAUUUACACAAUUAAAUAAUGAAUUUAUAAUUAUUAGUCAAUUAUGUACAGUUAUGAUUGGUCUUUCUAAACAAACAACAUUAAAUAAUAACAAUAAUAAUAAUUUAACACAGAAAUUUAUUAUAUCUCGUCAUAAUAUGGAAAAUUUAGCUGAAUUAUUUAUUAAAUUAUCAAAACGUAUUAAUAUUAUAUAUUUAAAUAAUCAAUAUCAAAAAUAUAAUAAACAAUCUAAUGAUACCACCCAUUUAACUAAUAAUAAUAAUAGUAGUAAUGAUAGUAAUAAUCAUAAUAAUAUUGAUGAGAGUAAAACUUUACUUGAACAAACAAUCCAACAAUUAAUUACUGAAAUUAAUUUAUUUUAUACAACAAUUUUAGUAAAUUCUAAUAUAUUAUUUAAUAAUUCAAUCAAUAAAUCCUCAAAAUUAAAUCAAAAACAUUUUUCUUUAAUAAAACAACAAACAAAUAUAUUUAAUAAAUUAUGUAAAUCAAUUCCUUCAUUUAAUACACCAAUUUUGGAUUUAUCAUUAAAAUUAACAAAUGAUAAACAAAAAUAUUUAUCAAAAUCAUUAGAAUUUAUUAAUCAUUUAAAUAAUAUCAAUCAUAAAAAUUUUUUGAGAAAUUUAAAUUUUCAAAAAUUAUCACAAUUUUGUUUAAAUUCAUUAUAUAUUAUUGAUAAUUAUUUAAAUUAUUUAAUACAAUUUCAAAAUGAUACUAUAUUAUAUUUUAAAAAUUUAAAAAAUAAUAAUAUUUUUAUACACUCUAUAAUAGAACAAACUAAAUUAAUAAUGGAAUCAUGUAAUCAAUUAAUACGUUAUAUAAUGUCUAUUUGUAAUGAAUUUAAAUCAUUAUCAUCAUCAUCAUCAUUUACAUUAUCAUCCAUAUAUAAUAUCAAUGAUAAUCAUGAUACAAAUACAGUAGUAUUAAUAAAUUUAUUUGAAAAAUUAGAAUAUAUGACUGAUAAACUUUGUGAAUCAUUAAAAAGUUUAAUAAUACUUACUAAAGAAAUUGCAAAAUUUCUUACAAAUGAAUAUGAAAUUAUAUUAUGUAAUAAAAUUAUUCCUAUACCUGGUCCAUUAUUACAACGUUUAAAUGGUGCAUUGAAAUCAGUUCAAAAUUCAAUUAAAACAAUUCAUGAAUUAAUAAAUGAAUAAUCUAUUAAUAUUUAUAUAAUGUAUUUAUUCGAAAAGAUCCCCAUAGAAUAUUCAUAGAUGAAGAAUAUUUGAGUGAACAAUUGUUUUCAAUGACUUCAUCAUCAGGUUCUACAGUUAUAAGUCCAUAAUAAUGGUAUUUUACAAAGGCCAAAAUAAGGCAUGUAUUAAUGAAUUUGACAAUGUUAUGUGUUUAAAAAAAUGGUGAAUAUUUGCAUCUGUUACGAUAUAUAUACAUCACGAUUGUGUUAGUUGCAAAUUAGAAAGGUCGUUCAAUAAAGGUCAGAAUGAUUUUGAGUAAAGUGUCCAGUCACAAUAAGUAGAAUACUAUUAUAGCAAAAAUAAAAAUGCACAGUAGGAGACUUUCAUCUUGUCAAUUGAGACAAUAAUAAUAUUGUUGUGUAAAUAUGAUAUAUAAUAAGGGGGGUGUUAUCAAGGUAAUUACGUUAAACAAAUUGGGAAUAAUGGAUGUGAAGAUGUAGAGGUAAUCAAAAAAGAAAGGGGGUAAGAUGUUUAUAAUAUUCAGUUUAGGUAUCCGGUGAUCAAAUUGUAGACCAAGGUGAACAUUGUCAAAUUCAUUAUUACAUGCCUUAUUUUGGCCUUUGUAAGAUAUCAUUAUUAUGGACUUAUAACUGUAGAGCCUGAUGAUAAAGUUAUUGAAAACAAUUGUUCGCUCAAAUAUUCUUCAUUUAAGAAAAGAUUAGAUUGAUGAAAUUUCACUCAUGAAUUCAUCUCGUUUUCACUCAAAUCAUUCAAUUUGAGCUUAUAAGAUUUGUAAAUUCCUUGUCAUUAAUGAAUAACAUGUCUAAAUGAUACAUAUACACAUACAUAUAAACAUAAAUACCAUAUCAUUGUUUAAGUAAUUCAUUAAGUAGUUAUUUGCAUUUUAUCUUAUUGUGUAUACCAUUCAAUAGGCGAUUUGUAUCUUGAAUUGUAAUUGAAAAACAAAUGAUUAUGCAUUUUCAUCCUAUGUUCUUUUUUUUAUUACUUCCUUGUACUAUUUGUUUUUCAAAAAAAACAGUCAUUAGUGAAUAUAAAUGAGUUAGUUUGAUUUUGUUGUCAAUCAACUUCAUUUUUUAUCAUGAUGACACAUUUUAUUACUGAAAGUUGGUAGUUGUAUUUAAGCCCGAUUUGUCGGUAUUCUAUCAUUAUUAAUUUGUCUUAUUAUGUAUUGGGAUUUUGAUGUAUGUUCGAUUCUUACCUAUUAUGACGCUUGAGCAUGAGUUAAUUUUAGAAUUUUACUGAACAAUGAGAUUAGAAGUAAAUGGCUUAAAAAAUUCACUUUUGUCACACGGUUUCUUUCACAAAUUAAUUUCAUAUAUUACAGCUUCA